GGCUACAACAAAGCUGUGGACUGGUGGGCACUGGGAGUCCUGAUCUACGAGAUGGCCGCCGGGUACCCUCCGUUCUUCGCCGAUCAGCCAAUCCAGAUCUACGAGAAGAUUGUGUCUGGCAAGGUAGGCAGGGCCCCUCCGGUCAAAAAUGACAAAAACUAGCUGUCGGCCUAUGUGGUGUCACUAGAUGUUCUGGUCAUUUGCCAACCUUGCUGUGCAUGUUUCUAUCAUUCCCAGUGACUUUUACGCAUAUUUUAACAUUACGUUUCCACAGUUAAAACUCAAACCCCUAUCCUGUGUUCUAGGUACGAUUCCCUUCCCACUUCAGCUCUGACUUGAAAGACCUGCUGAGGAACCUGCUCCAGGUGGACCUGACGAAGCGCUAUGGCAACCUGAAGAACGGGGUGAAUGACAUCAAGAACCACAAGUGGUUCGCCACAACGGAUUGGAUCGCCACCUACGAGAGGAAGGUACGUCCCGAAUUAAGUUUUAACAGUGUGGAGUAAACAUUGUUGGUUUAGAACAGUAAACAACAGAUUUUAAAAACUAGGUAACGCAUCAAGUAUCUACAGAAAGAUUAACAUUCCAGGGCCCGGUUUCCCAAAAACAUCUUAACUCUUGUGGAAAUUGACCUACGGUGCAUUCGGAAAGUAUUCAGACCCCUUGAAUUUUUCCACAUUUUGUUAUGUUACAGCCUUUAUUCUAAAAUGGAUUCAAUGCUAAUUUUUCCUCAUCAAUCUACACACAAUACCCCAUAAUGACAAAGCGAAAACAGGUUUUUAGAAAUGUUUGCAGAAAUACCUUAUUUACAUAAGUAUUCAGACCCUUUGCUAUGAGACUUGAAAUUGAGCUCAGGUGCAUCCUGUUUCCAUUGAUCAUCCUUGAUGUUUCUACAACUUGACUGGAGUCCACCUGUGGUAAAUUCAAUUGAUUGGACAUGAUUUGGAAAGGCACACACCUGUCUAUAUAAGGUCCUACAGUUGACAGUGCAUGUCAGAGCAAAAACCAAGCCAUGAGGUCGAAAGAAUUGUCCGUAGAGCUCCGAGACAGGAUUGUGUCGAGGCACAGAUCUGGGGAAGGGUACCAAAACAUUUCUGCAGCAUUGAAGGACCCCAAGAACACAGUGGCCUCAAUCAUUCUUAAAUGGAAGAAGUUUGGAACCACCAAGACUCUUCCUAGUGCUGGCCGCCCAGCCAAUCUGAGCAAUCAGGGGAGAAGGGCCUUGGUCAUGGAGGUGACCAAGAACCCAAUGGUCACGUUGACAGAGCUUCAUAGUUCCUCUGUGGAGAUGGGAGAACCUUCCAGAAGGACAACCAUCUCUGCAGCACUCCACUAAUCAGGCCUUUAGGUAGUGGCCAGACGGAAGCCACUCUUCAGUAAAAGACACAUGACAGCCCGCUUGGAGUUUGCCAAAAGGCACCUAAAGGACUCUCAGACCAUUAGAAACAAGAUUCUCUGGUCUGAUGAAACCAAGAUCGAACUCUUUGGCCUGAAUGCCAAGCGUCAUGUCUGGAGGAAACCUGGCACAAUCCCUAGCAUGGUGGUGGCAGCAUCAUGAUAUGGGGAUGUGUUUUUUCAGCGGCAGGGACUCGGAGACUAGUCAGGAUCGAGGAAAAGAUGAACGGAGCUUAGACUGGGGCGAAGGUUCACCUUCCAACAGGACAAUGACCUUAAGCACACAGCCAAGACAACGCAGGAGUGGCUUCGGGACAAGUCUCUGAAUGUCCUUGAGUUGCCCAGCCAGAGCCUGUACUUGAACCCGAUCAAACAUCUCUGGAGAGACCUGAAAAUAGCUGUGUAGCGACGCUCCCCAUCCAACCUGACAGAGCUUGAGAGGAUCUGCAGAGAAGAAUGGCAGAAACUCCCCAAAUUCAGGUGUGCCAAGUUUGUAGCGUCAUACCAAACAAGCCUAGAGUCUGUAAUAACUGCCAAAGGUGCUUCCACAAAGUACUGAAUAAAGGGUCUGAAUACUUAUGUAAGUGUGAUAUUUCUGUUUUUUCUUUUUAAUACAUUUGCAAAAAAAACAACGGUUUUUGCUUUGUCAUUAUGGGGUAUUGUAUGUAGAUUGGUGAGGGGUGGGGGGAAACAUUUUAAUCAAUUUUAGAAUAAGGCUGUAACGUAACAAAAUGUGGAAACUGAAUACUUUCCGAAUGCUCUCUAUAUCGAUAGCACUAAAUUGAAAUGUUUCUUACAGAAGACAUGAAAAUGCAUAACCAUGGUAGCAAUUGAAAUGGAACAGUUUGGAGAUAAUGGGAAAAUUAUUCGACCAAUGGUGAGUACACAAAAGUUCACAAGACUGAAUCCAAGUAUUUCACUGUGGAUUUUAUGUGAAUUUUACAUUUACUGUACUUUUCGCUGCAUUUGUUGAUAACAAAAUCUGAAAAUACUCUGGAUACGUUCACUAACAUGAUAAGACUCUUCCUAGAAAAUGUGGGGUAGGUGCAACGUAAUACAAAAAAAUGAGUGAGAGGACUAAUUGGUGUCUCCAAGUGGCCACACCUCUCCAAAAUGUGUGCAGUUCCUAAGCAAUUUCAAUGCACUUUUAUGACUCGAAGAGACUUCAACUAUAAGGUACUUUUCUUUAGCUCUCCUAGCUGUGCCGUUGAGGAACUCGAGCAUCCCCGCUGUCACACAAUUACUCUUGUUGUUUACACAAUCUAAAAACAGUCCAUUAUAAGUCACAAACUGUGUCAGGUGGGCAUGAUUUGAAAGUUUGUUCUAUUGCCAACAUGACUAGCUAAAUUAUAAAAUACGAUCUUAGUGUUAGGCUUUCACAAGGCAAUUCAGAAAAACAGAUCGUAAUUUUGGUGCUCAUAGAAAGGAGCCAUGAGUGCAUUCAGGUGCGUGUGCCGCACCAAAUUUUCUUCAGAAUAAACAACAACAUCUUGUAACUGUACAUCAAACAUAGUGAUCAUAAACGUUGACAUUGUUUAUGAAAUGAGUUUUGUGAUUUGGAAAUGUGAAGUGCACAUUUGGACUCAAGGGUGAUUGGCUUGCUUGUAUGACAUCAAAGCGGUAUUUAUUAUCAUCCUCAACGUCUCAUCUUUGAAAAUAGGAUGUCUUCUUAAUUUACAGAGUCGGGAAACGUCUUGUUGCGCACAGUGCAAGUUCAGAACGUCUGUCAGUCAAAACCUAUACAGCUCUGUGACGUGCAGAGCCAAAGCUCUGACGUCAUAUAUAUAGCAUGUUACUGUACAGCCACAACGUUCCAAUUUAGGCUCUUAUUAGUGCCCACAUCUGCCAUUUUCAACCCGUAUAUAGGUACGAGUGGAAAGGGUUAAGGCUAAGUUCAUUGCUAGAACCUUCAUAGGAGUAUCUUUAAAUCUCAGAGCUUCCCAAAACCAUCGUUACUAAAUUUGCACAGCUAAGUGCGUUGUUGGAUGUGUUUUUUCCCUACCUUUAUACACAGAAGAUCUCUGGUAAACAUAGAACCAAAAUGAUUUAUACGUCUCUCUGUAACCGCCAUCACCUCAUGUUUCAGCAUGAUAAUGCACAGCUCCAUGUCGCAAGGAUCUGUACACAAUUCCUGGAAGCUGAAAAUGUCUGUUCUUCCAUGGCCUGCAUACUCACCGGACAUGUCACCCAUUGAGCAUGUUUGGGAUGCUCUGGAUCGACCUGUACGACAGAGCGUUCCAGUUCCCGCCAAUAUCCAGCAACUUCACACAGCCAUUGAAGAGGAGUGGGACAACAUUCCACAGACCACAAUCAACAGCCUGAUCAACUCUAUGCGAAGGAGAUGUGUCGCGCUGCAUGAGGCAAAUGGUGGUCACACAAGAUACUGACUGGUUUUCCGAUCCAUGCCCCUACCUUUUUUAAAAAUGGUAUCUGUGACCAACAGAUGCAUAUCAGUAUUCCCAGUCGUGAAAUCCGUAGAUUAGGGCCUAAUGAAUUUAGGGAAUUAGACAGGUGCACCUUGUGCUGGGGACAAUAAAAGGCCACUCUAAAUGUGCAGUUUUGUCACACAACACAAUGCCACAGAUGUCUCAAGUUUUGAGGGAGCGUGUAAUUGGUAUGCUGACUGCAGGAAUGUCCCCCAGAGCUGUUGCCAGAGAAUGCAAUGUUAAUUUCUCUACCAUAAACCGCCUUCAACAUCGUUUUAGAGAAUUUGGCAGUACGUCCAACCGGCCUCACAACCGCAGACCACGUAUAACCACGCCAGCCGAGGACCUCCACAUCCGGCUUCUUCACCUGUGGGAUUGUCUGAGACCAGCCACCAGGACAGCUGAUGAAGCUGAGGAGUAUUUCUGAUUCUGAUAGGUUUUGCAUGGCUCUCCAGUGGGUGAGCCUGGCUCCCAAGUGGGAGGGACUAUGCCCUCCCAGGCCCACCCAUGACUGCGCCCCUGCUCAGUCAUGUAAAAUCCAUAGAUUAGGGCCUAAUUUAUUUAUUUCAGUUGACUGAUUUCCUUAUAUGAACUGUAACUUAAUAAAAUAUUUGAAAUUGUUGCAUGUUGCGUUUUGAUAUUUGUGUUCAGUAUACAUGUGUUUAUAAAAUGUUUCCAAGGCUUGUAGGAAGAAGGAAUGUUGGGGGAGUUCAGUGCUUUCCCCUCUAACCCCAUCAUCAAAAUAGAUGAAUUGCCUUUGCCAAAUAAACAAAGUGCAGCUGUUAUGAAUGUAUUGUGGUCUUCACUCCCACACUGUUGUCCUCUUGCUUUUCAGGUGGAGGCUCCCUUUAUACCAAAGUGCAGAGGACCAGGAGACACAAGCAACUUUGACGACUACGAAGAGGAGGACGUCCGUGUGUCCGACACAGAAAAGUGUGCGAAAGAGUUUUCCGAAUUCUAG